AUGGGCUUUGGCCCUCGAGGUAUCGUGAGCUGCACUUGGCAGCGGGCUUCUGCUCCUGCCGGACUGCCAGAGUUCCAAAAGGCAACCUCGCACCUCAAGAAGGCAGGCCAGGUCAAGGUUCAGGCAGAGCAGCGUUUGGAGAAGGCCAAAGAGCAGGUGGCUUUGCUUGAAGCCAAGGUGCAAGAAGCAACAGAGGGUUUGCAGGCAGCUGAGGUUGAGGUGGAAGAGAGCUCCAAGGUGUAUUGGAAAUAUGCCUUGGGCUUGCCAAAAGACAGUGACAUGGAGGAGGCUCCCGUUGCAGGAGGGGACGAAAAUCUCAUCCAGGCAAUCUUGGGUGCAAUGGGGGAUCAGCUCCGGCCAGAGCAGCGGCAGAGGUUGUUGGACAUGGCCGGUGUACUGCGGGACCAAAAGAGAAGGAAGAUGGAUGAGGUUCAGGAACCCCCCCCCGCCAAGGUUGAAGAAGGACAGUUGGUGCGAGCACCCUUGCCAGCUAUAGCUUGGGUGGCAAUGGGUGGUGUGGCAUCCUGUUGGAACUGGUCACAUGGGAUGUGCCUUGGAGACCACAUGCUGCUGUUGUUCUCCGCAUCAACAUUGGCCACUUACCGCUCCGCGGUGCUACAAGGAUGUGCCUCUGCUGCCAGGACCUCGGCUUCCUUGGACCUUGGAAGAGGUGUCCGCGUGGCCAUUGAAAUGCAGCCACUGGCCAUGCCUGAAGUUCACAGUGAACGUUUGUGGAAACAUCCUAGCGUAGAAAAGGCUGUCGCAUGGGGUUGCGCUGUGGAACGUAUGGUUAGUGGUAGUGGUAAGGAAGGCUUUGCUUUCAUCAAGGCGGAUGACGCUGUUGAAGCCAGGCCCUUUCAAAACAUGCCUGUUGCUGAAAGGGCCGAGGCUAGACGAACUUACUGGAAAGCCCACUGGGGGGAAGUUGACGGUGCUAGUGAGUGGCCUUGUCUUGACUUGUUGGAGAGUUUGGCGAGGCAACAGGCCCAAGAGCUAAAACCAAUUUCGACGGCUCAGGUCGUUGAAACUUUGAGAUACACUGCCAAUAAAAAGGGCGGCCCGGAUGGUUGCACGUUUCGUUUCUUGAAAUUGCUCCCGCGUGAAGCCUACAGUGGAUUGGUUUACAUUUUGCAUUUAGUUGAAGCUCGUUUGCGUUGGCCGGAACAGUUUUUACUUGUCCAGGUUGCAUGUUUGCCUAAGAACUUGGAGUGUGAAAGACCGAUCUGUUUGACUCACGUGUUGUAUCGGCUUUGGUGUAAAAUGCGUAAGCCUCUGGUUGAUCAUUGGCUCCUGAAUGACAAAGAACUUGCCUUUUGGGAUCAGGCGGUCAAAGGCUCUACUUGUCUUCAAGUGGCGUUGCUUCGGCUUUGCAAAGCUGAAGUUAGCAAAAAGUUAGGUUUGAAACAGGUCAGCUUGUUGUUGGACCUCACUUGUUUUUAUGAUUUGGUUGACCACAAUCUGCUUGCGGAAGAUGCGUUGUCUCUGGGUUUUCCGCCGCUUGUUCUCUUUCUUUGCUUGCAGGUUCACAAAGGACCAAGAAUAUUGCAAGCUCAAGAUGUGGUGAGUGAACCCAUCCAACCGCGUAAAGGAAUUCUGGCUGGUUGUCCGUUUGGUGUGGUUUUUGCUAAAAUCGUGCUUUGGACCUUGAUGUCGCAUGUUCAACGGGUUUGUCGACCACAGGGUUUGACAACGUGGGUUGAUGACAUUGGUGUCGAUUUGCGUGGGUUCAAUUCAUCCCAAGUGGCCAAACACGCUGUGAGUACUUUUCUGGAACUGCGUGACGGCUUGACUUCGCGUGGCCUUGAAAUCAGUGUCAAAAAGUCUGGUUUCCUGGUGGGUGACGCCGCCACUGGGCGUGAACUCAAGCGUGUGCUCAGUGAGUUUCACGGUUGCCCUGAACUCAAAGAUACCAUCAAAGACCUUGGUAUUGAUAAUUCCUUGGCCAGGAAAAGGAGGCUUACUGUGCACCACUCUAGGUUAAAGAAAGGCCGCGAACGGCUCCGUAAGGUGCGACAACUUCCGGCCGGUAAAAGACGCAAGUUUGUGAACAUGUCUGCUGGGUCGGUGGUCUUGUGGGGCCAUAUGGCUCUUGGUAUCCCUCCUCACAAGUUGCGUGCUUGGAGACUUAACGUUGCCAGAACAAACAAGUGGAUUAAAGGGCGAGGGUCGCUGGAAGUUGCCAUGCAAAUUAACGCUAUCCCGCUUGACGACCCGUACUUCCGCGUGCGCCUUGAACAGUUGAAACUGUGGCUUGAGUUGGUGAGGCGUUGUGGUGUCUUAGCUUCUUCAGCCUUGGCCAAAGCGUGGGAGCAAAGCUGGAUGGAAUUGAUUGGCGUGUCCCACCGCUGGAAGAUCGUUAAAGGUCCGCUUGCUGCUAUUCAGGCUGUGCUGAUGGAUGUUGGCUGGACCGCGUGCCAAUUUGAUUCUUGGAUGGAUGACCUUGGCUUUGCUUGGCAUAUUGGCCUCAGUGAUCCUUGCUUACUUGCACGGAUUGAACUUGGGUUUAUUGCUUCUUUGAAAAGACGCCAAUGCUUUCUCAUGUCUCAGCAAUUUUUCGGACAAGGUUUGGAGUCGGGAUUGGACGUUGUGUUGCACAAACGCUUGCUUGACAGCGUGCCGGUUCAGGACGCGCCGUUGUUGCAGACUUGGUGGCAAGGGGCUUUACAACACUCCUUAAACUCGCGGCAGUGUGUUUGUCCGACCUGCGAUGUUGAGUUAACCCUCUUGCAUAUGUUGUUUGAAUGCCCCGGGUGUACCCGGGAAUGCGGGCCUGUGCCUGCAACAUGGUCUGCUUGCUACGGCUUGGUUGAACAAAGUCAUUUCUGGCUGCGUGGUUUGGUGCCGGAUGCGUGGACUCGUGCUCCUGCGGUCACUGAUGAAAACAUCGUGCGCACAGGCUGUUUUGAAAACUCCGCUGGGUUUGACUUUUCGGAUUUAUUUUUUGCGACUGAUGGUAGCGGUGGUCCUUUUAGUAACGAACCUCGGCUCCGGAAGUGUGCUUGGGCUGUUGUUGCUGUUGCGCUUGUUGAUGGCAAUUACGUUUUGGUUGGCAGCAUCGCUGGGUUUGUCUGUGAUGGCCCCAAUCCCAAUACUGUGGCUCGCGCUGAGUUGCGUGCCUUUGUGGAGCUGCUGAGAUCAAUCCCAGAAGGUUGUGAACCGAGGGCGGUGGCCACUGAAGCAAAGGCUGCCUCAUUUGAAACCACUCGCGCAACAGGAGCCAGCGCAGGCUUUGUCGCAGAGUACCGCGGAACCACUGCAGCAACGCCAUGGCGUGGACAGGAUGAAGCAACAUGA